UAGUGGGUCCAUUUCAGUAGCAGGAACUGUCAUCAAGCUAUUGUGAUGAAGUGUGUACAAUUGUAAUAACAUAGGCUGAUGAUGUCACAACCGGCACAGCUUGCAUGACAGUUUUAAUUUUGCAGCCAUACACUGCACAUACACAGAAGAAGAUGGGAGCACUCAGUCUUCUGUUUUAAAACCUGAGGUCUCUUUUGUGAGAUUAUAUGAGGACCUGUUCCCAGGUUGGUUUGAGGAAACCCCUCCAACCGUGUCAUGUACAGUAUGUAGUCUGUGGCUCAGAAAGCUAUCCAAACACAAGCUCUUGGAGAACAUGACAGGACUUCAUCUGAAUCUGCUCAGUCAGAUUGCACCGCUGGUAGUCCUGGAGUUCCCCCUUGGGACUAGAGUGCAGACUCUGGAAUGGCUUCUAGGGAUAAUCUGCAGAGACAGGCAACACGGAGGGGCAGAACUUCAUGCUAGUGUGGUCAAUGGGACUGAAAAGCAAGGACCGGUCAUUGUCGUCGGGUCUUAUCCAGAGAGACUGCUUUUGGAGAUCAAGAUGACUAACCUACUGGAAAAAGGCAUCUAUGCUCUGCCCAGAGGCUUAGCAUGCAGGGAGCAGUCCUGGUUACACGACGGACAGAGAGGUGUGCUCACCUCAGCUGAGAGCAUCAGUAUCAUCACAAAGAUCCUGAUAAACUUAACAGCCAGGGAUGAGGAAGGGUAUGUCCCUGGUCAACCCACUGUCAGACUUGACACUGGUGAGCCCAUUCUCAGCAAGCUGGUUGCCUGCAAUGUAAUCGCCAAGCUGUACCCUAUGCAUGAUUACUUGCUUCUUGUAGAACUGCGGAAAAAGUGGCAUGAUGGCAUGUUCUUGGCUUUGGGGCAACCUUUGAGAGAAAUCCAGGCCUACUUUGGGGAAAAUGUUGGCCUCUAUUUUGGUUUUUUUGGUUAUUUCAUCCGGGCUUUGCUCCUCAAGUCCAUCCUUUUUCUAUUCCUGUAUUUUUUUCCCAUACAAUCAAAUGCUAGACUUGUCUUCUCUCUUUUUUUCAACAUCCUGUGGUUCAGCCUCUUCCUGGAGGGGUGGAAGCACCGCCGAAACAUGUUAACUUUGGAAUGGGGGACUUCAGAGAGAAGGGAGGAAAGGCAAGUAGCUGUAGGUGGCAAUAACAGAAUCAUGGGAAUAAAUCUCACUUUUGGGCACCAGAAGAUCAUUUCCUUCUCCAGGGAACUUUACUUCAAGACUCUUCUCCUCUCCAUUCCAUUUGUGGUCACCAGCUUGUUUGUCUCUGCAGGCCUAAUUGUAUUCUACAUCCACCUGGAAUCAAUAGAAAGCAAAUAUCAUUUCAGGGAGAAAAGCUGUUGUGGUGUUCCCCUCUACAGCCUUCCGGAGGUGUCCCUGACAGUUGCCAUGCUGCUGCUGAACAGGGUAUACAUUGAGCUGGCCAAGCAACUCACUGAAUGGGAGAACCAUGAAUCUGAUGUGCUCCACCAGAAGUCUCUAGUAGCCAAACUUGUGAUCUUUUACUUCUUUAACAACUUUGGUGUCCAUUUCUAUACUGCGUUCUACCUGCAAGACUUGGACAAGCUCCGCAAACACAUGGUGGCUCAGUUUGUGACAUACCAGAUCCUCUGCGAAGUCAGCCAAUCCAUCCUGUCGUUUUUGAUGACCAGGAAGCGCCAUGGCAGGGAGCUUGUCAGAAGUGGUCAGGACCAGCUACAGCCUUUGGUUCUGUGCCAGAUACAGUUGCAGAGCUGCAAGUCAGUCUACGAGAGCGAGCAGGAUGACUACCUUGACCUUUUUCUGUCAUUUUGCUACAUGAUAUUCUUCUCUAGUGUCUACCCCCAUGCAACCAUUUUGUGCCUGCUCUACAACCUGACCAAAAUCCUGCGAGACUCCUGGAGGUUCUGCAGUGUUUUGCGCCGGCCCUUUCCUGGGCCGGCCACCACCAACAAGAUCUGGCAUCAGGCAUUCGAGCGCUUUGAAGCCAUCGCAUUGGUGACCAAUGUCGCCUUGGUCUGGGUUUCUCCAGAGUUUCACCAGUUCUUCAAGGAGUACUCUACCACGCACCUUCUGAUGGCCCUGGUGGCUCUCGAGCACGUGAUGUUGGCCUUGAGGAGCACGGUAGUUUCGUUGAUUCUUUUCAUCUCCCAGGAGGUUAGGACCAGGAUCAGGAGGAUGAGGUCUCACUCUCUCUAGUCUCAGCAGCAACAGUGACUUCAACAUAAGUUACUGUAGCUUAACACAGCCUUUCAAGGACCUGCAUGAGAAAUGACCAAAAACGUAACAUGCAGAAUAAACCUCAGCAUAUUAAUACCACAAGUGUCUUCGUGAAAUAAAGUUUUGACUUGAUUAA